CGGCGUCCGGGAUCUCGAUUGGGGGCGAUGGCACCCCGCACGCUGCUCCUGCUGCUGGCGGCCGCCCUGGCCCCGACCCAGACCCAGGCGGGCUCACACUCGCUGCGGUAUUUCGACAUCGCUGUGUCCCGGCCCGGCCUCGGGGAGCCCCGGUUCAUUAUCGUCGGCUACGUGGACGACAGGGAGGUCAUGCGCUUCGACAGCGACGCGGAGAAUCCGAGGAUGAAGCCUCGGGCGCGGUGGAUGGAGCGGGAGGGGCCGGAGUAUUGGGAGCGGCAGACACGGAAAGUCAAGGAAAAGGAGCAGAUUUUCCGAGACAACCUGAGGACCCUGCUCCGCUACUACAACCAGAGCGAGGGCGGCUCUCACACCGUCCAGAGAUUGUCUGGCUGUGACGUGGGGUCGGACGGGAGCCUCCUCCGCGGGUAUAAUCAGCACGCCUACGAUGGCCGCGAUUACAUCGCCCUGAACGAAGACCUGAAAACGUGGACGGCGGCGGACACAGCGGCGCAGAUCACCAAAAACAAGUGGGAACGGGAUGGUGAGGCAGAGAGACGCAGGGCCUACCUGGAGGGCGAGUGUGUGGAGUGGCUCCGCAGUUACCUGGCACCCAGGAAGGAGACGCUGCUGCGCUCAGAUCCCCCAAAGGCACAUGUGACCCUUCACCCCAGACCUGAAGGUGAUGUCACCCUGAGGUGCUGGGCCCUGGGCUUCUACCCUGCUGACAUCACCCUGACCUGGCAGUUGAAUGGGGAGGACCUGACCCAGGACAUGGAGUUUGUGGAGACCAGGCCUGCAGGGGAUGGAACCUUCCAGAAGUGGGCAUCUGUGGUGGUGCCUUCUGGGGAGGAGCAGAAUUACACAUGCCUUGUGGAGCAUGAGGGGCUCCCUAAGCCGCUUACCCAGAGAUGGGAGCCUUCUCCAUCCACCAACACCAACAUGGGAAUCGAUGUUACUUCUGUUGUUCUUGGAGCUGUGGCUGUCUUUGUAGUUUUGGCCAUCAUUGGAGCUGUGGUGUGUGUUGUGAGGAGGAGGAGGAGGAGGAGAAACACAGGUGGGAAAGGAGACUACACCCCUGCUCGAGGCAGGGACAGCUCCCAGAGCUCUGAUGUGUCUCUCCCAGAUUGUAAAGCAUGAAGACAGCUGCCUGGAGUGGACUGAGUGACAGACGAUGUGUUCAGGUCUCUCCUGUGACACCCAGAGCCCUCGGUUCUCUUUAGACACCAGUGUCUGAUGCUCCCUGUGAUUCUAUGGCUUCUGUGUGAAGGACUGUGGAGCCCAGCCCGCCCUGCACACCAGGACCCUGUCCCUGCACUGCCUGUGUUCCCUUCCACAUUCAGCCUUGCUGGUCCAGCCUGGGGUUCAGGGGUGGGGACAUCUGCAUCCUGUCCCCCUGUGCUACCCUGAGCUGCAGCCCCUCACUUCCACCCUGAGAAUAAGAAUCUGAGUGUGAACUUGAUUGUUCACAUCCUUGACACAAGUGUGGAUGGCUUUUUAAAUUACUGGAUGGAAUACUUAGGGGUUUUUUGUUUUGGGGUUUUGCUUUGUUUUGUUUUGUUUUUGAAAAAAAUAAUUGGCAGAUGGAGAAGCUUCCA